AGCCAAGCCUGGGAAGGGGCGGGGCUCCUGAAGCCCAGGCGCAGCCACGUCCCACGGUACCCCCGGUGAGGCAUCCCGGGCUUGGAGGUCUUCAGGGUCCCAGACAUGUCCGAGGUGAAGAGCCGGAAGAAGCCGGGGCCCAAGGGGGCUGCCGGCGAGCCCGAGAAGCGGAGCGAUGGCAGGAAGAACCCCGAGGCGAGGGGAGGCGCGGGCUGGGCGGACCCCCGCACCGGGCUCAGCCUGCUGUCGCUGGCGACGUGCUUGGGCCUGGCCUGGCUUGUAUUUCAACAAUCAGAAAAGUUUUCUAAGCUGGAAACCCAAUACCAGUCGCUGCAAACAGAAAGCAAAGAGUUUCAAGGACUACAGACUACCAUCAGUUUAAUGUCAGACAAGCUGGAGUCUACUGAAAGUAUCCUGCAGGAAGCUGCACCAUCCAUGGCUUUGAUGACCCAGUUUGAACAGGAAGUGUCUGGCCUCCAAAGAUCCAUACAUGACAUUGAGGACAGUGAAGAGAUGCUCACUCAGAAGAUGCAAAGCCUUAAUGAGAAAUUCCAGACCAUUACAGAUUUCUGGGAGAGAACCCUGGCAGAAAUGAGCAAUAAUACAGCCACUUUCAAAUCAGAAGCAAAGCAUAUACAUUCUCAAGUUACCAUGAAAAUUAACUCAGCCGAGCAAGAAAUGAAACUGCUCACUGAACGGCUAAAAGAUUUGGAAGACAGCACACUACGAAACAUCAGAACAGUAAACAGACAAGAAGAGGAGGAUCUUCUCCGAGUAGAGGCCCAGCUCAGCUCCAAUACAAAAGCCGUUGAGAAGCUAGAAGAAGAGCAACAUUCACUCCUAGCCAGAGAUGAGGAGCUGACCAGUAAACUUGCCAACUAUGAACCCAAAGUUGAAGAGUGCAAGGCCCAUUUGCCAGCUAUAGAAAAUGCGAUCCACUCUGUCCUCAGAGUCUCUCGGGACCUGAUGGGGACGGAAAAGAAAAUGGAAGACCUCACUGUGCAGAUGUUUAACAUGGAGGACGAUAUGCUAAGGGCGGUGUCUGAAAUAAUGGAGAUGCAGAAGACCCUUGAGGGAAUUCAGUAUGACAACAGCUUACUAAAGAUGCAAAACGAACUGCUGGUUCUCAAAGGGAAAGUUCACGAUUUCAUAGCAUAUUCAAGUUCAGGAGAAAAGGGGACUUUGGGAAAAUAUAACCUAGAAAAUAAGGGAGCCGAUGAUUAUUAAGUUUACUGUGUACCUUUUGAUGAACAGUAUUGUUAAAUGGAGAUCAGUCAGUUCUACAUUAAAGAAAUGACUCUGCCUCACUUUACCAGAGAAUAAGUGGAGUAUGGACCAUAUAAUCACACUUUUAUCCCUUUAAGGUGUAAAACUUACUCUAACCAUUUUAAAUAGAAAUAAUUCUGCUGGGAGGUAGUGGUGCACGCCUUUAAUCCCAGCACACAGAAGCAGCAGCAGGUGGAUCUCUGAGUUCAAGGCAAGUCUGGUCUUCAGAAGGAGUUCCAGGACAGCUAGGGCUACACAGAGAAACCUUAUCUCAAAAAAAUAAAAAAAGAAAGAAAAAAAGAAAGAAAAAGAAAAACAAGAAAAUAGUUCUAAAAUAUAUAUUGCUCUACUUUUUAGGCAACAUAUUUAAUAUUUACAUGUCUUUCCAAUAAUUAAUAGACAUUAUUAUGAAUUGUAUUUAUUAUACUAGAGAUAUAUGUAUGUAUCUAGAGACAUAGAUAUCUACAUAUAUAUAUCCAUAGCAAAUACUGAGACCACUUACCAUUUCUCUAUGUGACCCUAGUUUUCUGUUUUUAUUUAUUUUUUUUAUUUUUCUUUUUUUUUGGUUUUUCGAGACAGGGUUUCUCUGUGGCUUUGGAGCCUGUCCUGGAACUAGCUCUUGUAGACCAGGCUGGUCUCGAACUCACAGAGAUCCGCCUGCCUCUGCCUCCCGAGUGCUGGGAUUAAAGGCAUGCGCCACCAUCGCCCGGCAGUUUUCUGUUUUUAAAAGCCGUGUCUGUUUCUCAUGCCUUUUCUGUCACCCGUUCUUGCAGUUGGUUGAUAGCAUGCCUGCCUCUGCAGCUUUUUUAUGUUCAGACAGCCAGGUUCGUAGGGAUUUUAUGUAAAUUGAAAGGUAAUAUGCCUGCGGGAGAGCCUGGGGGCUCUUCUGUGAGGCUUCGCCAGCUUCUGAAAACCGUGGCGCCUGGGAAGUAGUUUCCCUUUCGCGAAGGUUCUAAACUGUGUUACAGCUACUCAUAAGAGGUUUAAAAUGUGAGUAAAUAUGCUUACUCUGUCCUCAUUAAUAUUUUCCGUUAACCGGUUAUGCUUUGAGGUAUGAGCUUUCGGAGUCCUUUUUUUACCUGGACUUUAAUUUCUAAAGUUUGAACUGUGUGACACUAGGGUUUACUAAAUAUAACCAGUAGAUACUUAAAGCAAAAGGUAUGCCAAUAAGACUAUGCCUGUUUUAAAGAUAAAACAACAUAACAAUAAACUGUGAUCACUGUAAUGUAUUUCUGUCGUUUUUAAAGAUUCCCCAACUUACGAAACCAAGUUUGUUUUACAUACUGAUUUUAUUUUUAAAACAUUAGGGUUGGAGCUAGGCAUGGUGGCAUAUACCUUUAAUACCAGCAUCAGCCUGGGCAGUGGUGGUGCAUGCCUUUAAUCCCAGCACUCAGGAGACAGAGGCAAUGCAAGCAGAACUAUGAGUUCAAAGCCACCCUGUUCUACAUAGUGAGACUAUAUCUCAAAAUAAUAAUAAUAAUAAUAAUAAUAAUAAUAAUAAUAAUAAUAAUAAUCGGUUAACAAGGCUAGGAGAUAGCUUCGUAAGUGAAGUUCUUGCUGUGAAAGCUGAGGACUUUACCCAGCACUGACAUAAGAAACUGGGUCUAGCAGUGCCUGCCUGAAAUACCAGCACUGGAAGACAGAGGCAGAAUGCAAACAGUACAUGAGAAAACUAUCAAAAUAUCUGUGUCUAUGUAUUCCUUUGCUAAGAAAUUUGCUGAGCUGGGCGGUGGUGGCACACACCUUUAAUCCCAGCACUCGGGAGGCAGAGGCAGGUGGAUCUCUGUGAGUUCGAGGCCAGCUGGGUCUACAGAGCAAGUUUCAGGACAGCCAAAACUACACAAAGAAACCGUCUAGAAAAAUCAAAAAAAGAAAAAAAAAAGAAAUUUGACUUGGGGCCGAAGAGAUACUCGGUGGUCAAGAGUACUGGUUGUUCUUGCAGAAUACCUGGCUUUGAUUCCCAGUACCCGUAUGGUGGCUCACAGCCAUCUGUAAACUCAUUUUCUAGGGUAGCUGGCACACUCUUUUGACUUCUGCAGACAGCAGGCAUGGCAUGUAUGUGGUGCACAACAGACACAUACACAUAUGCAAAACAUUCAUAUGCAUCAAAUAAAAUGAAUGUUUCUAAUUUCGUAUUUAUCAGAGUCGUCACUGGAGAGACCUAGAUACAUUUAAUGAAUCUUCCUUUGUUCUUUGGUGUGUGUUUUGGCGCUUUUUAUUUUAUUUUUGAGACAGGGUCUCAGUGUGUAGCCCAGGUUAGUCUUAACUCUCCAUCUUCCUGCUUUUGCAUCUCAAGUAAUAGGGUCACAGGUAUAUGUAAUGGCACAGGCUUCAUUUUGUUGUGCUUUAUGAAAAUUGCCAAUAUUGUAAUAUACAUUUUUGUAUCUCUGUAACUGAUAAUAAAUAUUAUACCAA